GUGUUACCAGACUGUGUGAGUCCGGCCUAUCAGCGUGUUCUGAAGGUGGAAUCGACCAAUCGCAGGCCAGUGUUGAUUCUGGGACCUCUAGUGGAGCCAAUCAAAGACAUGCUGCUCAGAGAGGCUCCUGGGAAAUACUGCCGCUGUUUACCUGAGGGCAUGAAGGCGCAGCAGCAGGCCAUCGAGCGCGGUGUUAAAGACUGUUUGUUCAUCGAUUAUAAGCGGCGGAGCGGACACUUCGACGUCACCACUGUGGCCUCCAUUAAGGAGAUUACAGAGAAGGAUUGUCACUGUCUGUUGGACAUCGCUCCUCACGCUAUCGAGCGCCUGCACGCCGUCAGCAUUUACCCCAUCGUCAUCUUCAUACGAUACAGAAACGCCAAGCAGAUCAAAGAGCAGAAAGACCCUGUUUAUCUGAGAGACAAAGUGUCACAAAAACAUUCCAAAGAGCAGUUUGAGUCGGCGCAGAGGAUUGAACAAGACUACAGCAAAUACUUCACAGGUGUGGUUCAGGCCGGCGCUCUCUCCAACACAUGCACACAGAUCAUGGCCAUCGUGGACCAGGAGCAAAACAAAGUGCUCUGGAUUCCUGAUGGAAGCACGUGAAAAAAGUCCUGAUAAACGCAAUAAUAAUGACAACACUAGCAAAAACUCACACUGCUGCGACUCUCACUGCUGUAAACAUCACUACUACACUCAUAGGGCUGGGCUUUAUAUCAUGGAGACUUAUGUUUAACACGUCUGCUUAUGUAUGAACAUAUUUAUCAUGUAGUCAACUGUAGAUUGGAUUCUGUAAAGUCACCGUUUACAAAUGUAAGAUUCAAUUCAAACUCCUAGUGACUCAAGUGGAACAGUUUAAACUCUUAGGGCUCACUCACAUCCCCUCUCCCCCUCGGCCUGCACUCACACUGCAUUUUUUAUCCAGCGGACCUGAGCACACUUACAUCAUCAGGGAUGUGACUGUAAACAGAAAGAGAAGUGCUCUCGCUCAGCACAGUGAGGAUUGCUUUAGCUAUAUCGUUCUGAAUGGUUUGGGAUGCAGUGACACACAGUCAAAUAUGUUGCCGAACAGAUCCAGCACUUUUGACGCUCUUAAAUAAUCUUAAAAGUCCUGGUGCUUCACGUAUUAGGAGGUUUGCUGAAGGUGCAGCUGUGGUGCAGUGAGGGGUUUGUGUCUUUAAUUAACUAUGACACUUCGCUUUGAUUGAAAAUUAAGAAUGAUUAUCAAAUCUAUACCAAACAGUCCCUUAAACGUCACGUCUCGUCUUCAGUUUCGGGCUCAGGCGCUCUUUGCACUCACACUACAAGCUCGCCAAGUAAACCGCACUCUGGCACACCUCUUGCAACUGAGCCAGGGGUGGCCAAUUGAACUGCGCCUGAGCCCGAUUCAGAGCACUCGCACUUCUCAAACAAUCCUGGAAACGAGCCUGGGCACGGUUCAGAUAGCAUAGUGUGAUUAUGCCUUUAGUGACUCAAUUUAAACUGUUCAGACUCUUAGUGACUCAGUUUGAACAGUUCAAACUCUUUGUAAAUCAGUUGAAGCUCUUUGUUACUAAGUUGGAACUCUAAUUGACUCUGUUUGAACAGUUCAAUCUCUUAGUGAAUCAGUUCAAACUCUUAGUGACUCAGUUUGAACAGUUCAAACUCUUUGUGAAUCAGUUCAAACUCUUAGUGACUCAGUUCAAACUCUUAGUGACUCAGAUCAAACUCUUUCUGAAUCAGUUCAAAGUCUUAGUGACUCAGUUCAAACUCUUAGUGACUCAGUUCAAAUUCUUAGCGAAUCAGUUCAAACUCUUUGUGACUCAGUUCAAACUCUUAGUGACUCAGUUGGAACAGUUCAAUCUCUUAAUGGCUGUUUCUCAAUAUGCGUUCUUCAGCGGCCUUGCGUCCUCGUGUAACGUCAUCAUCAGCUGCCAAAGUUCAGUUUCAAUACUUUAGACCGCAAGAACAGAGGACGCGUGAAACAUCCCGGAUAUGUUCUUGAUAUCGAGGGCACACCGAUGCAGACUUGGCGCGAUCUCUCUCUUGAAGUCCCAGAAGUGAUUGCGACUGGAGGUGGGAAGCGCAGCAUUUUAUUUAGAUUUAUUAUAAGAGUUCAGAGAUAUGACUUAUUUACCUCAGGAGUUUCCCUGAAUGAAACGGUGAAUAUAAACAUUAGCAUGGACAUCUUAGUAAAAGAAUAAACACGUUACAGGUGUUUGUUUGCUGAAAUUCAUAAUAAAAUCAGUUUUAUUUGUAUUGUGCAGAGUAUAUUUCUAAUGUUUUUAUGCACAGUAUAUAUUUUGAAAAGGGGAAAAACAAUACAUCGUUAUAUGAGUGCUGUAAUGUUUAAAUAAUUUUCCAUUUAAAACCCGUAAAGGUUAAUUGACCAUCAGGAAGAACGCAGCAUCUCAUUCCUCAGAGGACGCAUUCUCUGUUCUCAUGGUCUUCUGAGUUCGUUUUUCUGAGGACACCUGGCAAGACCGCUCUCCAGAAGAACGCAGGUCUGUUCUCUGUUUUCUUGGAAUUGAGAAACAGCCAGUGACUCAGUUUGAACAGUUCAAACUCUUAAUGACUCAGUUCAAACUCUUGGUGACUCAAUUUGAAAUGUUCAAACUUUUAGUGACUCAUUUUGAACAGUUCAAACUCUUAGUGACUCAAGUUGAAGAGUUCAAACUCUGUGACUCAAUUCGAACAGUUCAAACUCUUAGUGACUCAAGUUGAAGAGUUCAAACUCUUAGUGACUCAAUUCAGUUCAGAUGCCCAGUGACUCUUUUCAGACAGUUCAAACCCUCAGUAAUAUCCAGAUUGAUUGCAGUCAUUUGAUUCAGAGCUCCAGAUCGGUUCACCUCGUCCCUCUCAUGUUUAUUUAUAUACUGUAUGCUCCAGAAUGUGCUGCAGUUCUACAGAGGGACUUCAUCUAUCUUUUGUAUCUGUAGAUUAGUAGAUUUCUAAUGAAUGCCACUAUCAUUGCUGUUUACGUUAUAUUGUUCAUUCCUUUCCCAGUGUUGAAUAUAACUCUACACAACGGAUUUAUUGUAGACUGAGAGGAACUCAAAUACUUUAUUAAUUUAGUGCUUAUUUAGGACUGGUAGCCAAUUCCACAUAUGCAGCGAUGACCUUUUAUUUGAUUUCUCUGUCAACAAUAAAUAUAUUUAUGUGAAUAUCUGUUUAUGUAAA